CAGCAUUUGGAGCCCAGUGGUUACCUAGGUGACGCAGGAGCCGCCUCGACGCUCGACUGAGCAGGCCUGGUUCCCAGAGGGCCGCGCGCCGCGGGCUCCGGGUGCUGUCAUGGCGGGGUUGUUGAAGAAGACCACCGGCCUGGUGGGACUGGCUGUGUGCGACACUCCACACGAGAGGCUAACAAUAUUGUAUACAAAGAUUCUUGAUAUUAUGAAACAGUUCCCUCAACAUGCAGCCUAUAGAAAAUACACAGAACAGAUCACCAAUGAGAAGCUGGAUAUGGUGAAGGCGGAACCAGAUGUUAAAAAAUUAGAAAACUUGCUUCAGGGUGGUGAAGUAGAAGAGGUGAUUCUUCAGGCUGAGCAUGAACUAAGUCUGGCAAGGAAAAUGCUGCAGUGGAAGCCAUGGGAGCCACUGGUGGAAGAGCCUCCUGCCAACCAGUGGAAGUGGCCAAUAUGAUCACAGUUAAUGAUGGUCGAUGGGAAUUCAAUGUGCAAUUAAAUGUUCUGUCAUGCUUCAA